AUGGGUUGUUUCUAACCAAAAGGAAUAAAUAAAAUUGUUGCUAUGCAAACAACAAACAGAGAAUACAUCUUUACGUCAACAGCUGACAUUCAUAAAAUAUUUUCCUUCGGGAAAGUGUUAGGAAUAGGUGCCUUCGGUAAAGUUCUGACAGCUAGAAGGAGAAAUAACGCUGAAAAAUAAUACGCUAUAAAAAUGAUUGACAAAAAAAAAGUCAAGGGAAGGGAAACUAUGUUAGCCAACGAAAUAUAUGUAUUAUAAAGGUUAGAUCAUCCAAAUAUUAUCAAAUUCCAUGAAGUAUAUCAAAGUGAACUAUACUUUUAUAUCUGUAUGGAUAAGUGUGCUGGAGCAGAACUUAUGGAGAGUGUACCCAAAAAUUAAAAAUCAUAUACUGAGGGUUAGGCAAGAGAUAUAAUGGUUAAAGUAACUUAUUAUGUUAAUUAUAGAUCAUAUCAGCAGUUGCAUAUAUCCAUGAAUAAGGAAUAAUACAUAGAGACAUCAAACCAGAAAAUAUUAUGUUUACAGAUCGUGACAUCAGAUCUGAGCCUAAACUUAUUGAUUUUGGACUUUCAGUUAAAUAUGAUGCUUUCAGCUAUAAGUAAAGAAGCUAUCAUAAUAAUAUAGUAAAUUAAAAGCUGGAGUUGGUACACCUGUCUAUUUGGCACCAGAAGUCAUUGAAGGAACAUAUAAUGAAAAAUGUGAUGUUUGGAGUCUUGGAGUAUUAUUAUUUAGUAUGCUUGUGGGUUAUCCACCUUUUUAUGGUAGAAAUCGACAGGAACUUUAUGAAAAUAUUUAAUAUCAAAAUGUAUACAAUUUAAAUUAUAUAUUAGUUAAUAUUCGAUAGAAGACAUUGGAGAAACACAAGUGAUGAAGCAAAGGAUCUUUUGAAGAGAAUGCUUAAUAAAAGUUAACAUCUAAGAUAUUCUGCCAAAGAAUGUCUUAAGCAUCCAUGGUUUCAACUUUUAUUUAAAGAUGGAGUUUAUAAACCUCCUAGAAGAAGUACUGGAUUUUCAGGAACUCCUUCUGAAGAUGAUUAAAGGACAUUAUAUUAAAUUCUUAAAACUUAUCGUAUUGGUGCUAAAUUUAAGAAAGAAGUAAUGAAAGUCUUAGUAAAUUAAAUGAAUGAAAAGGAUUUAGCAAGGUUGCAACAAAUAUUUAAAAACAUUGACGUUGAUAAUUCUGGGACAAUAACAGUCCAAGAGUUGCAUCAUGCACUUCAACAAGAAGUAUUGAUUAAAAAUAUUUUAAGGGUUCCUUAACAACUGUAGAGGAAAUUGAAGAAAUCAUGGAAAACAUUGGAUAUGACAUUGAUGAAUUAGAUGAUAUAACAGUAACUAUGUCUCAUAAAUCUACAACAAAACCUUUAGUAAUUAAAUACAGUGACUUUUUAACUGCCUGUAUUGAUGAGAGACGUGUUUUUACAAGAGAGAAAUUAUGGUCAAUUUUUAAAUAUUUUGAUACUUAGAAUGAGAAUCAUUUAUCAAGAGAGGCCAUUAGAGAAUCAUUUGCUAGACAUGGACGUGCACUUUCACUUGAAAAAAUUAACUAAAUGAUAUCUGAAAUAGAUCCUAAUAAUGAGAAUAAAAUUGGAUUCGAUGCUUUUUGUUAAAUGAUGGGAGUGGCUGGAAUAUAAGAAACUUUAGAAUUUAAAGAUGAUGCUAAGGAUCCUUAAUCUAAUGCUCUUUCUAUAAUUUUAUGAC